AUGGAUCAGAUAAAUUGCACCCAGGUGACAGAAUUUAUUCUUGUGGGCCUCACAGAUCACCAGGAGUGGAAGGUGCCUCUCUUUCUGAUAUUCUUAUCCAUCUACCUAUUCACAGUAGUAGGAAACCUGGGUUUGAUCAUAGUCAUUAGGGUAGAUGCAAGACUCAACACACCAAUGUAUUUCUUUCUAAGCAACCUGGCUUUUGUUGAUUUCUGUUAUACUUCUGUCAUUACACCUAAAAUGCUUGGAACUUUCUUAUACAAAAUAAAUGCUAUCUCUUUUCAUGCGUGUGCUGCUCAAUUAGGCUGCUUCCUUACCUUCAUGAUAUCAGAGUGCUUGCUACUGGCCUCCAUGGCCUAUGAUCGAUACGUGGCCAUCUGUAAUCCUCUCUUAUAUAUGGUCACAAUGUCCCAGGGAAUCUGCCUUCAGCUCGUAGCUGUUCCCUACAGCUAUAGCUUCUUGAUGGCACUGUUCCAUACCAUCCUCACCUUCCAUCUCUGCUACUGCCAUUCCAAUAUCAUCAACCAUUUCUACUGUGACGACAUGCCUCUUCUCAGGCUGACUUGUUCAGACACUCACACCAAACAGCUAUGGAUUUUGACCUGUGCUGGUAUCACAUUCAUUUCCUCUGUUUUGAUCGUCUUUGUCUCCUACAUGUUCAUUAUCUCUGCCAUCCUGAAGAUGCGCUCAGCUGAGGGCAGGCGCAAAGCUUUUUCCACAUGUAGUUCCCACAUGUUGGCAGUCACUAUAUUUUAUGGGACACUGAUCUUCAUGUACCUACAACCAAGCUCAAAACAUUCACUUGAUACAGACAAGAUGGCCUCUGUCUUCUAUACAGUGAUCAUUCCCAUGUUGAACCCCUUGAUCUACAGCCUCCGAAAUAAGGAUGUGAAAGACGCUGUAAAAAAAGUUAUCAACAAUAGAAACAAGGCAUUUGUACUCACAGGGGUAAGAAAAUGA